UCCAGUGCCCAAGUGCAUUGCACCCGGAAAUGUGCUUUCUGUUCGACUCUGCUGAACUUUGACCCUUAGACGGCGAUAACAUCCAGAUUUCCCCGUUUUGCCUUAUCAAAUAUGCAACCUUGGCAUUUCUGAGACGUCAGACUGUUGUCUAACCUCUGCUGGGAAGGGAGUGGGUUAUUGAAAUCUACGAUCUCCUGUUAGAGAGUAUCACUUGUGAGCUUGGUGGUUCCUGACAGUGCUUCGGACAUCUAAUCCACAACUAAAAACCCAGGAUCUUCUGAAGACCUGCAUCAAGCAAAUAAAGCUUUUAAUUCUGAAGAUGAACAGAAACAUCAAGUUAAGCAAAGAUCUUCCAGACAUCGAGAGCAUCCUUGCUCUGAAUCCCAGGGUGAAGAGCCAUGCUCAGAUCAUUUCCACUGCAAGCAAGAAGAAAGAGAAGAAACACUGGAAGAGAAACCCUGAAAGGAACUGUGAUUCUUGUGUGACGUUAGAGAACAACUUUGAUGACAUCAAGCACACAACGCUGAGCGAGAGAGGAGCUCUCCGGGAAGCACUGCGGUGCCUAAAAUGUGCCGAUGCUCCCUGUCAGAAGAGUUGCCCGACAAACCUGGACAUCAAGUCCUUUAUUACAAGUAUUUCAAACAAGAACUACUAUGGGGCAGCGCGGGCCAUCCUCUCUGACAACCCUCUGGGGCUGACAUGUGGGAUGGUUUGUCCCACAUCAGAGCUGUGUGUUGGGGGCUGCAACUUGUACGCCUCUGAAGAAGGACCCAUUAACAUCGGAGGACUGCAGCAGUUUGCUACCGAGGUGUUCAGUAAAAUGGGCAUCCCUCAGAUCAGGAACCCUGAACUUCCACCAGCCAAUGACAUGCCAGAGUCCUACCGCGCCCCUAUUGCUCUGAUUGGCUGUGGCCCAGCAUCCAUAAGUUGUGCUUCUUUCCUGGCCCGUCUGGGAUAUGAUGAUAUCACUAUAUUUGAAAAGCAGAAGUACAUCGGAGGACUGAGCACAUCAGAAAUCCCUCAGUUCAGGCUUCCGUAUGAGGUCGUCCAGUUUGAAAUCAAUUUGAUGAAGGACUUGGGAGUGAAGGUGAUUUGUGAGAAAGGUUUUGGUGUUAAUGGAAUGACUCUUUCAUCCCUGAAUGAGGAGGGAUUUAAGGCUGUCUUCAUUGGGAUUGGUCUCCCUCAGGCUAACAGGGCUGAGAUCUUCCAGGGUUUAACUGUUGACCAAGGCUUUUUCACUUCUAAAGACUUUCUGCCUAUGGUGGCUUCUGCCAGUAAGAAAGGCAUGUGUCAGUGUCGUUCUGCCCUCCCGGAGUUAAAGGGGCUGGUGAUUGUUUUGGGGGCCGGUGACACCGCCUUCGACUGCGCCACCUCGGCUCUCCGCUGUGGGGCGAGGAGAGUCUAUGUCUGCUUCAGGAAAGGAUUCACCAACAUCAGAGCUGUUCCUGAGGAGAUGGAGCUGGCUAAAGAGGAGAAGUGUGAGUUCCUGCCCUUCCUGUCUCCUCGUGAGGUCAUCAUGAAGAACGGGAGGAUCACUGGACUGCAGUUCUGUCGCACCGAGCAAACCGAGGAUGGUGAUUGGCUGGAAGAUGAGGAUCAGAUUAUCAGACUGAAGGCUGAUUACAUUAUCAGUGCAUUUGGGUCUAUGCUGACCGAUGUACAAGUGACUGAAGCCAUGGCUCCUGUGAAGCUGACCCGGUGGGGCACCCCGGAGGUGAACACAGAAACCAUGCAGACCAGCGAGCCCUGGGUGUUUGCAGGAGGAGACUUUGUUGGUUUGGCAAACACCACCGUGGAAUCAGUGAAUGAUGGCAAACAGGCUUCAUGGCACAUUCACAGAUACAUGCAGUCACUGCAUGGACGUACAGUGGAUGCCGUCCCAAAGCUACCUUUGUUCUACAGUGCGAUAGAUCAGGUGGACAUCAGUGUGGAGGUUUGUGGUCUUAAGUUUCCCAAUCCGUUCGGCCUGGCCUCUGCACCUCCCACCACCAGCACAGCCAUGAUCAGAAGAGCCUUUGAGCAAGGAUGGGGCUUUGCUCUGACUAAAACCUUUGGGCUGGAUAAGGACCUGGUGACCAACGUGUCCCCUCGUAUUGUGCGAGGUACCACCUCAGGUCAUGUGUAUGGACCUGGUCUGGGCUCCUUCCUCAACAUUGAACUCAUCAGUGAGAAAACUGCAGCAUACUGGUGUCAGUCCGUCACUGAGCUGAAGAAGGACUUCCCUAACAAUAUUGUGAUCUCUAGCAUAAUGUGCAGCUACAACAAGGAAGACUGGACAGAGCUUGCAAAGAUGGCUGAGAAAUCAGGAGCAGAUGCAUUAGAGCUCAACCUGUCGUGCCCUCAUGGGAUGGGAGAAAGGGGCAUGGGACUAGCCUGUGGACAGGAUCCAGUGUUAGUGCGAAAUAUAUGUCGGUGGGUGCGUGCUGCAGUUUCCAUUCCUUUCUUUGCCAAACUUACACCAAAUGUCACCAAUGUUGUUGACAUCGCCAAAGCUGCACAUGAAGGUGGAGCAGACGGUGUGACGGCCACCAACACUGUCUCAGGUUUAAUGAGUCUAAAGGCUGACGGCUCUCCCUGGCCAAGUGUCGGUGUGAGCAAACGUACCACAUACGGAGGAGUGUCUGGAAACGCCAUCAGACCCAUCGCUUUGAAAGCUGUGUCAGCCAUCGCUAAGGCAAUCCCUGGUUUUCCUAUUCUGGCCACUGGGGGUAUCGACUCAGCAGAGAGCGGACUCCAGUUUCUCCAUGCUGGAGCAUCAGUGUUACAGGUGUGUAGUGCAAUUCAGAACCAGGAUUUCACACUGAUAGAGGAUUACUGUGUUGGUCUGAAAACCUUGUUGUACCUGAAGAGCCUGGAGCUAAAGGACUGGGAUGGUCAGUCUCCUCCAACUGAAAAACAUCAGAAAGGAAAACCAGUUGUCAAACUGGUAGACCUGGUUGGGAAGAGCCUGCCUAGCUUUGGUCCAUACUUGCAACAGAAGACUGAAGCUAUAGCAAAGUACAAAAGGCAACUCAGAGAAGCUGGUAAAACAGAUGUGCCAGAAACAAACGUCAACCGUGUCAACCAACCCAAAAAGCCAGUUCCUGCCGUCAAGGAUGUGAUAGCCAGAGCGCUGCAGUACAUCGGAGCUUACGGGGAACUCAGCAACAUGGAGCAGGUCCAAGCUCUGAUAGAUGAAGAUAUGUGCAUCAACUGUGGUAAAUGUUACAUGACUUGCAAUGACUCAGGAUACCAGGCUAUACAGUUUGACCCAGAGACCCACCUUCCUGUUGUGACGGACAGCUGCACAGGCUGCACUCUCUGCCUCAGUGUCUGUCCCAUUAUAGACUGCAUCAAGAUGGUUACCAGGACAACAACCCAUGUACCUCAGAGGGGCAUACCCAUUAGUCCUGUCUGCUAGAGGGAUUCCUAACCUGAACAAAAAAAUUUUAUGUUGGUAUCAGACAUUUUAAAGUUUAGUUUGAGAGAAUUGCUCUACAAAACUGUCACAUUAUUAGAUUAGUUCCAAAGUGGUUUUAAUUGAAAUGAUAGGUGCUAAUUUGUGCGUGAAAUGUAGUAAUACUUUGUAUUAAUUGCAUUCGUCAAUAACUUCACUAAUUUGAUUUGUGUUUAAUAAACUAAAUUUGCAGUUAUCACCUCAUCAGAGUGUUCACUGAAAAGGCUCAACUGUAUAACAUAUACUAUAUAUUCAUGUAGAAUACUGUCAUUAUGGACUUGAAUAAAGCUUUGUUGUUGCAGCAAAAUA